CCUGCGCAAGACUUUAACAAAUGAGUAGCUCUGUAUAGACUUUGCCCGCGUUUUUUUUUUUUUUUGUUUUUUUUGUUAAACUUGAUCAAUGCUUCUAUUGGUGACGCAUCUCGCCUCCUGCGUGCUGUGCGUAAAACCGACUAGCUGGGGGAAGAAAGAAAAACUAUUUAUAGUUCAGGUCAUUUUUAGCUCAACUUAACCCUCCAUUUCCCCCGAAUUAGAUACUUAAAAGCAAAAGUUUCAACUUUUUCUUUCUCAACUCUUUUCUCUUUUUUAACGAAUCUAUUUCCAUUUGGUGCGGAAGGCAUAAAAAAACCCCAAACUUUAUUACUGCAAAAGGCCUUAAUCGAGAUUAUAUCUGAGCAUAGAUUUAAAACUCCAGCAUGAACCCAUAUUUUCCGUCCCAGUCUGGUUCCCCGUGAUCAUGUAGGAUGUGUCAAUGCACGCGUGGAAGCUGCACAUCCGUAGUCACGAGUGUAUUAAUCAGCUUCAGCGAUGUCCGCGCAGCGCUCACGCAUGCAACGUGCGUAAUCAGAACACAUACAAUUCACGCACGCACAAACGCGCCCCCCGUCGCUUUGGCUCGGCUAGUCCCCUUUAAAAAACCCGAAUCCAAGCCUAAUGAUUUAUCAAACUCCUAUUAUCAAGAAAAUGUCACGCGAAGGGCACCUUGCUCUACACUGACGCAAACUGCUCCAAGCUUUCCCACGGAGCCGUAGAAAAGCUUUGCACUUGCUGCUUUGCGCGGCAAUAACCACUUCGGCUUCCAGUCCUCUCUUCCUCUCUCUCUCUUUUUUUUACAGCUGUUUUCAGCCUGAACGCAGAACUCUGCACAAAAUGGAUCUGUCUGAGCAGAGAGACAUGGCCAAGCAGCCGGCCGGCUACAUCCCAAUGCAGCAGCAGGAAGGAGCGGCGGGAUUUACAGCAAACAAACCGGACAACACGGUGCCAUGCCAACCACAUGCCCCUCACCACCACCCGGCGCCUCAGCCGCCGCGUCCGUGCAACGAGAGCAAAACUUUUUGUCCCCCGGAGAAUAAACCGGGAGAACCGGACUCCAAUAAGGAGUAUGGGACGUUUAAAAGCGCGCCGGCGCCUCCUGUCCCCGGAUCAGUGGCCAUCAACUCGGCCUUCAGGAAGGAUUCAGCCGGAGACCCGCUCCGGGCCACGGCGGAGCAAAACAACACCCCGGGCAACUGGACGACUAUGAGCCACACCACCAUCAUACUGGGAACAGAUGGGAACACGUCUGUUCAGCCGGGGACUUUAGCGGGGGCGGACGCUGUUGAUGAUGAUGAUGACGAUGAGGGGGGAGAUGAGAAUAAGGCCAGAGGAAACUGGUCCAAUAAACUGGAUUUUAUUCUGUCCAUGGUUGGCUACGCGGUGGGACUGGGAAAUGUGUGGAGGUUCCCUUAUCUUGCCUUCCAAAAUGGUGGAGGUGCUUUUUUGAUUCCCUAUCUGACCAUGCUGGGCAUCGCAGGGAUCCCAAUCUUUUUGCUGGAAGUGUCUCUGGGCCAGUUUGCCAGCCAGGGGCCCGUGUCAGUUUGGAAAUGCAUUCCCGCUCUCCAAGGUUGCGGGAUUGCCAUGUUGAUAAUAUCUGUCUUGAUAGCCAUAUACUAUAACAUUAUAAUGUGCUGGACACUGUACUACCUGUUCGCUUCGUUGAAGGGCUCACUGCCAUGGGCUAACUGUAGGAAUGAGUGGAACACGCUGGAAUGUAAGGACAAAGACAUGCUGCUGUUAGACUCCUGCAUCCUGCGGGACAAAAACCCCGUUUCCAUCAAGAACUCCACUUUCUGUCUGUCCGCCAACGCCGUGGGAAACCUGACAAAGCUGCUUAACAUGACGGCGGACGGCAACAAGACCUACGUCAGCCCCAGUGAGGAAUACUUCAAGUACAAUGUGUUGCAUAUUUCCAAAGGGAUUGAAUAUCCAGGAGACAUCCGCUGGCCUCUGGCAGGCUGCCUCUUCCUGGCCUGGCUCAUCGUCUACGCCUCAUUAGCCAAAGGGAUCAAGUCAUCAGGCAAAGUGGUUUAUUUCACAGCCACAUUUCCUUAUGUGGUGCUGGUCAUCCUGCUGAUCAGAGGAGUGACCCUCCCCGGUGCCGCCGACGGCAUCCUGUACUUUAUCACGCCAAAAUGGGAAAAACUCAACGAUGCAAAGGUGUGGAAAGACGCAGCUACUCAGAUCUUCUUCUCUUUGUCGGCUGCAUGGGGAGGCCUCAUUACGCUCUCCUCCUACAAUAAGUUCCACAAUAACUGCUACAGGGACACCAUCAUAGUGACGUGCACCAACAGUGCAACCAGCAUUUUUGCUGGAUUUGUCAUCUUCUCUGUUAUUGGUUUCAUGGCUCAUGAACUGAAGGUGCCAAUAGAGAAAGUGGCAGAUGAAGGUCCAGGCAUAGCCUUUGUGGUGUAUCCUGAAGCUCUGACCAGACUCCCUCUGUCUCCUUUCUGGGCAAUUAUCUUCUUCCUCAUGCUCCUUACUCUUGGACUGGAUACCAUGUUUGCCACCAUCGAAACCAUCGUGACAUCCGUGUCGGACGAGUACCCCAAAUACUUGAGGAAACAUAAACCGCUCUUCACCCUGGUCUGCUGCCUCUCCUUCUUCAUCCUGGGCUUUCCCAUGAUAACAGAGAACGGGAUGUACAUGCUGCAGCUGGUGGACACAUUCGCAGCCUCCUAUUCUUUGGUUAUCAUUGCCAUCUUUGAGCUGGUUGGGAUUUCCUACCUCUAUGGUCUGCAGAGGUUUUGCGAGGACAUCGAAAUGAUGAUUGGUUUCCAGCCAAACCGAUUUUGGAGAGUGUGCUGGGCCUUUGUGACUCCAACCAUCCUGACAGGCAUCCUGGGACUGAGUCUGUACCAGUGGAAAGUGAUGACGUACGAGGACUACACCUACCCCACCUGGUCCAUGGUUCUGGGCUGGCUCAUGGUUAUUUGCUCGGUUAUCUGGAUCCCCAUCAUGUUUGUCAUUAAGAUGCACCUGGCCCCUGGCACCGUAGUGGAGCGUCUGAAGUUGGUCUGCUCCCCUCAGCCUGACUGGGGGCCUUUCCUUAUGAAGCACCGUGGAAAUCGCUACAAGAACAUGAUCGACCCAUUAGGAACCAGCUCCCUGGGUCUCAAACUGCCCCCAAAGGACUUCCAGCUUGGUUCCUAUCAGUAGCAGCUGCUCUGGAAGCAACACCUUCCAAGUUUUGAGAAGGGGGCGCUUGGAGUGGGGUGGACGCCUGCUUCCAGGCUGUUUUGUCCUCCACCUCUUCUUCCUCCUCCUCUGAUUUUUCUCCCGCUUUAUGUUUCACUCUGUCUGCUUCCCCUCUUUAUCACGGAAGUGGAAACAGGCUUUUCCUCUUCUAUUACUUCUUCACCUCUUCCCGUCUUGUCUUAGGGAGGGGUGGCUGUCCAAGUGGAGUCUGCUCUUCCUGCUGCUACUUGGUACUCGGUUAAUGGGCUAUCAUUGCCUCCCACACAUGACCACUGAUUACUCCACAGCCCCCCUCCCAGGGAACUCAUUCCAAGAGAAAAAUUGUGUCAUAAAAUGACACAACUCAGACUGCACUUGCAAUAUUAGAGUCAUAGUAGCUGCUCCCCAUGGAGUUGUGUUUGUUUGUUUCUAUGCGUGUGUUUGUGUGAGUGUGUGAGUGGAAUUUCAUUUCUGUGUAGAGAUAACAAAUCAUGUCGGCGCAAGCAAGCAGACAGAAAAAAACGAAAAGAAAAUUAAACUCCAGGAAAAAAAGAAAAAGAAAAAACGAAGUUCAGUAAGCUUGGUUGGGGAUCUUGGUUUUGGGUCCAUCUGUGUAUAAAAUUUCACCUGAAUUAUAGAUAGUAUCUGAAAAAAAUAGACCUAGUAUGCUUUGUUAUCACAUUUCCAGCACUAUGUAUUAAUAGUCACAUCAACUACAGCUCAGUCGCUCUUGCUUUGUCAGAAAUAGAUUAUGAUAUCUGUAAUUUGUGCCUCCUAUGUCCCAGUAGAGUGGCGAAUGCAUCCUGAUUACCAGUUCUGCGUGUUUCACUUUGGCCUUUAACAACUCAGCAUUGGAGCAGAAGCUUGGACUCUCUUUGUCUCUGAACCCGAGAGGUAGAAUGUGAUAACUUAUCUCUUUUUAAGUUGUGUUUUUUUUUAAGUUGCUUUGUCUGUGAAUUUAAAGCGGUGCAAAGUAGAAAGCUAUCCGAAUAGUCUAGCCAUCAUUUUCGUUGGCGAUUACUUGGCCAAUUAAUUAACCCUUUCAGGUUGACGAAGGUGACCUCUCUGUGCAUAAAUGUCUAUUAAAUUCUGUAUGUAUGUGUUGUGACUUUGUCAAGCCAUAUAUAUAAAUAUAUAAAUCUUCUUUGCAAUGUAUGUUACAUAAGUAGAGUAACUAUAUCAAAUAUAUAAGCAUACACUUUAUUAGAGUUAUAUAUAUCUACUGUCUAUAUAUAUAUAUAUCUAUAAAACCUCCAGAGGAGGAAGGAAGAGUGAGAGUGUUUGUGUGUGUAAAUGUCUCCUAAUGUUAUUCUUGCUAACAUGUAAUGUUUUGUACAAAGUGCAGUCCUUCUGGAAAAAAAUGAUCCCGACUAUCCUCAAGUAAUAAGUGUGUGUUGUCACUUCCUCACUAUAGGAGCUACUGCUAUGUGCAAACAAAUUAAGAUUUAGAGUAGAAGAAAAGGCCUCGCUCCCCUGAGGAAGUAGACUUUGUCUCUUGUUGUUAGUGGUAGAUUAUUGGAGACCUCGCUGUCAUUUCGGAACAUGUUGCCUCUCUCUCCGUGUGUCCUCGUUGAAACAGGGUCUCAGGUAAACUCGUCAGACUACUGCGGUAGCUGCAGGAAUAAUAGCAUAAGGAAAAUUAGAGCCUUCUUUGUGUUUAAUCACAAUGAACACCCAGCUGGGAAAGCUUGUUUUCCUGGAGAACCUCCAUGGAGCCUGAUUUUUUUGCUCACCUUUGCUUAAAUGCAAAGUGAGUCACUCUGUUUUGAACAGCUGUGUUGCAGGGUGUCAUUAUGUCGGUGUGCGCUUCAUGGAAAGCUGUAAAACAUGUUUAAAAGUAACUUUUUGAAUGAUUGUAAUGAACCGCAGAGGAAAAGGGUCUGUGCAAUAGUUUGCUGCGGUGCAUAUAUUAUUUGUAAACGGCAAAAGGCUUUUAGCAGCUUUUCUGGACCCAUCACAGUCCCAACGUGGUCCGUCAGAAUCAGACGCAUUAGUGAAAUUUAGCACUUGUUUCCUUUGAAUUAUUAUGCUCUGACAUCAUACGCAUAACUGAGUUGCUGUAAGUGGAUUUCUGUGGGUUUAAAAAAUUUAAAAAGUGCAGCUCUGCAGGUAAUCGGACUUGAAAUGUCACGGCAGGCCACUAAUGAGGGCUGCCAACCUAUUAACUUAAAAGAAACACCAUGCACCUACUUAUAAGCAAUUAGUCAUUUUUGCAUUGGACCAACUGGAUUCAUAUUUUUUUAGCUUAAGCAGAGUUCCUGAUUGGCAUAAUAGAUGCUUUUAUCACUGCAGGCUUUCAAUGGUGGAGUGUCUUUUUUUACCCGGUUGAAAAAGCAAUUGCUAAAAGUUUAAGGCUCUCUAUUCCUACUUCUCUAAGCCAUGUCUUUUCAUGACCUUGAUAUGAAAAUAGCACAGAUACUAAGAGGUUAUUUGAAAGCAAAACAUAAUCAAUUAAUGAGCACAAAUAUACAGAUGUUAAAUAGCUUGCUCGCUGCACUGUGUUCCUUUUAGUAUGUCGUGCAUUUAGCUCUAGCUGUGAUUUAAAAAAAAUGUAUGUCUGUUUCUGGCUUGUGGGUGUGCGUGUGUGUUUGUCUCUGUAUGUUUAAUCAAUCUCCACGUAGCUGUCAAUCAAAUGUUUGCAUGACUGGUCUGAGCUGACUGUAGAAAUAAGAGAGGAGGAUUUACAAGCAGUUCCUAGUAUGACGCUAAGCUAGCUUUGUAACGCUAACUUUCAAUACAGAUUUGCUCCCAAAAAAAAAAAAGAUACUCCGAUGGCUUCUCUUCUAAUCAGAGAUUGAAAAGCAAAUGUUGUAUGAUGAGGGCAUUUAGCUUAUUCCUGCAAGACUUUAAAGAUAAAACCCUUUAUGACUUUACUCAGAGGUGAGACCUAUACGUAUAUAUUUUAUGUCCCUGUGUUACCAUUUGUGUAGGGAUUCUUUGCGUUUGGUUUGAGAAGAAAAAAAAAUCAGCUUAGGGUUUUGUUUGAACCACAUAUAUUUGUAAAAUAUAUCAAAUGAAGAGCUUGCAUGAUGCAGUUUGUGUUGCUAUAACUCAAUGUCCAUGUGUAAUUAUCUGUUUUCUUCCUGAAGUAUAAGUCUCUGCAUGUUUACUUUAGGGAACCUUUAGUUGAACAUAAAGAUACAAAAUCUAGGGAUGGCAUCAGUUUAGAGAUAAGAAAAAAACAUAUACGUAUGUAUAAAUAUGAAGAAAUCUCUUGGCCUACAAGUCACCACUGGGCAGUGUAAGUAACCAAAGAACGAGUACUUUAUGUGGGAUUGUUGUUGAAACAUAAAAAGUUUAAAAAGGAAUGUGUCAUGUGCGUAUAGGAAGUCGAGAUACUGCCAUCCAUUUAACAUGUAGUUGUUCUUUGAUGUUUGCCAAUAUGUUACAACACAUCUUCAGGUAACCAUUGGCCUUAUAGAUGUUCUCGAAAAAGUAGAGUUAUUAUUAUUAUAUGUAUUUCAAAAUUAACACCGCAGCAUAGCUGUCUGUCUCAUAUGGUACCAGUAUUCCUAUUGUUAUGUCUGUUGUGUCUUUUUGGCACUUUAUUGUGUGACCUAUGAGUGCAUAGGUUAAAUUUCUAAUUACUUGAGUAAUGUCAUAUAUUUCUGUGUGUCCUAUAUGAGGCACUGCUGCCUAUGGAUAUAGAUAUGUGCCUCCAACAUCCCAUGACAUUCAUUUAAUUUAAAAAUUGAGAAUAUAUAUAUUAUAAAACUAUGUUUUAAAAUGUGUGUUAUGUGUAAAAAAAAAAAAAUAGAAGAUAUAUAUCAUAAAUGUGAAAAAUGCAUCUAUUUAUUUUCAUCAUCAAUUAUUGAGGCCCUACCUCAUAUUUUGUAUUUAUGUAUAGAAAUGCAAUUGGAUUAUAGUAUCUUUGCCAAUAAUAAUAUAUCGCUAAUAAAUCAUGAAAUGUAUAACAUAUGACUCAAUAAAUAAAUGUUAUUGUUUUGCUUU